AUGGUUGAGAUUAACGAGGGACAAAAACGCAUAAGAGAGGGACAAGAGGAAGUCAGGGAAAAAUUUCAAGAAAUAAGUGAAGAGGCUGCCAAACUAAAAGAGGAAACUAAUCUAAUCUCCAAGCAGAGUGCUGCAAAUCAACUCCGGCUAGACUUAAUGUUUGAAAUCAUCAAAGCUAGAGCGGAGAAUGAUUAUGCCAAAGACGCCGAACUCACUCAAGCCUUACGGGAUCUAACGGGAAAGCAGAACUUGAGCAAAAGCAAGCCUUCCGAAGAGAAGCAAGAAAAAGAUUAA